CUUUAAUCGUUUAGAUUUUGUUUUCAUCGUCUCUGAAGUUUGAGUCGGCUCUCUAAAGCCUUUUACCCUGCUAUCAAUCAAAACCCCACUUUAAUGUUCAGAAAUCCAUUUGGAAGCUUAAUAAACUAAUAGAAGUUCUGUAUUGCAGAAAAUGUGGAGCUGCAGAGAUACCUUUCAGUUGCUGCUCUCUCUUUGUUACAAUGAAAAGCUCUAUAAGGAAAGUGAAUAUUUCCAUCGGAGCAUGUAGUCACAAUUUUCAGUCACCCCCCAAAUCACCAUCAUUAUCAGCCUUCCAUGGAUUCUUGCUUCACAGCAGUCCCAGGAAAUACAAGAAAUCAUUGUUUAACUCAUCACCAAGCAAUGGGGUGGAAGAAGAAAUUGGUUUAUUGGUUUCUCAGAGAUCUUCAAUUACCAAAAGGGAGUCAAUAUGUGAGCACUCAGAUAUGUUUAGGGAUGGAGAAGAAUUUUCUUUUGAACUAUAUGAAAAUUUGAUUUGUACCUGCUGUGAAGUAGGUGAGAUUGAUAAAUCUAUGUUUUUACUUUCUCAAAUGGACGCUGUAGGAUUUCACCCCAGUUUGAUGUGCUACACUUGUUUGAUUGAAGCCCUUGGAAGUGUUGGUCGGACUCUUGAAGCCGAUGCUCUUUUCCAGGAAAUGAGAUGGUCUGGAUUUGAGCCGACAAUUCGAGCUUAUAAUGUUAUUCUUAAGGGGUUCUUCAAGAAAGGGCUUUUAGGGCUUGCAGAUAGGGUUUUGGUUGAAAUGGAUCAUUUGGGCUUGAAAAGGAAUCAAGAAACGUAUGAGAUUCUUUUGGAUUACUAUGUCCAUGCUGGGCGAUUGGAAGAUACCCAGUUGAUUAUCAGUGAGAUGAAGCAGAGGCAUUUGCAACUGAACACUAAUGUGUAUAGCAAGGUUAUUGGUCUUUAUAGGGACAAUGGGAUGUGGAAGAAAGCAGUAAACAUCAUGAGAGAAAUGAGGGAAAUGGGGUUAUCACUUGAUAGACGGAUCUAUAAUAGCAUAAUUGAUUCGUUUGGGAAGUAUGGUGAGCUGGACCAAGCUGUAGAAGUAUUUGAAAAUAUGCAAAGAGAAGGCAUAAAACCAAAUAUUGUGACAUGGAAUUCUUUGAUCCGGUGGCAUUGCAAGGCUGGGGAUCUCACUGGAGCUCUUGAGUUCUUUAGUAAGAUGCAAGAACAAGGGUUGUAUCCAGAUCCCAAGAUCUUUAUUACUAUCAUCAGUCGUUUGGGGGAGCAAGGGAAAUGGGAUGUCAUCAAGAACAAUUUCGAGAGUAUGAAAAGCAGAGGGCUUCAGAAAAGUGGUGUCAUUUAUGCUGUCUUAGUAGAUAUCUAUGGGCAAUAUGGGAGAUUUCAAGGUGUUGAAAAUUGUCUGUUGGCUUUGAAGUCAGAAGGUCUAAAGCCUACAGCUAGCCUGUUUUGCACGUUAGCAAAUGCUUAUGCUCAACAGGGAUUAUGUGAACAAACUGUUAAGGUACUACAAAUGAUGGAAGAGGAAGGAAUUGAACCAAACCUUAUAAUGCUGAAUUUGCUGAUCAAUGCAUUCGGUGUUGCUGGAAGAUAUUUAGAGGCCCUGUCUAUUUUUCACCAUAUAAAGGAAAGUGGCAUCAGUCCUGAUGUGGUUACCUACAGUACACUCAUGAAGGCAUUUAUUAGAGCCAAGAAGUACAAAGAGGUUCCAAAAAUUUAUAAGGAAAUGGAAUCUGCUGGGUGCACACCGGAUAGGAAAGCAAGGGAGAUGCUACAGACUGCAGCAAUGGUUCUUGAGCAGAAAAAUGGUUAGUAUUUGAUGCAGUUCAGAAGAACAACGAGGCCAACACAAAUCAGGCCAUCGGUUGGGUCAAACUGGACCAAGAAUGGACCAAUAGGCUUAAUUUUGAGUGCCCAAUGGUUAUAUGGGUGACUGGGUCAUGGGCUGACUAUUUUGGGUUUUUUAUUUAUUUAUUGUAAUGGGCUAAUUCUAUAAGCUCAAAAUAUUAAGGAUUUAAGGCCAGUACAGGAUUUGUGUUAGUUUCUAAUUUAGUCAGUUGUAAUCUUUAUUUUAGUACUGUUUCUAGAAGGGUUGGAUAGAUAUGCUACAGUCUAGCCAUAGUUUUUAUUUUGUUAAGUUCUAGAAUAGUUUCUAUUUUGUGGAAAACUUAGGUUGUAAGGUAUUCUUCCUUCCAUGUAUGGGGGGUUUCCUAUUUUGC